AGCCCUUCAACUUGAAGUUUCACUCUAAACUUUACAUUCAGCGCGGACCAGUCCCUCCGUUCAGCAGCAUGGCUCUGUCAAACAAGUGGUGGCUUCUGUGCGCCGUUUCGCUCUCCUGUGUCGCCCGUUUGGGGUCUUGCAGAGGACAUGGACAAGCAGAUGGCGCACAGCCCGAGCUCUUCAUCUUCAAUGAGUUGUGCGCCCUAAAGGACGAGCCAGGGCCUUGCAAGGCCAUUAAGGACAGAUUCUUCUUCAAUGUCGACACGGGGCUCUGUGAGCUGUUUGAGUAUGGAGGCUGUGGGGGAAACGACAACAACUUCGAGACCUUGGAAUCAUGUGAGGAAAUGUGCGUUGUCUCAGAGGACAAGAACCCGUGUCAUUUGCCAGAGGCUCCUGGUCCCUGUCGAGGACUGGUGAAACGCUACUUCUUUGACAGCAAGACUCAGCAGUGCAAGCAUUUCUUUUAUGGUGGCUGCUUUGGCAAUGCCAACAACUUCAGGAGCAUGGCGAGGUGCCAGGCGAAAUGUCAGAACCCAGUAAAACCCACUAAGGCACCAGAAGUCCACACACAGCCUCCUAGGAAAUUUAUGGAUGUGCAGCCAACCAUGCUGACUGGGGAACUGUCUGUAAGUGAACUUCAAGUGCAACUGAAUGACUCUAAUCAACAGAUAAAAGAGUUGAAGCCCAAGGACGUUUGCGGCAGUCCUGUGGACAGAGGAACAUGUCGCGGUGCAGAGAAGAGAUUUGCAUUCAACCCCAACACCAAGAGAUGCCAAUUGUUUCACUACAGCGGAUGCGGGGGAAACGAGAACAACUUCACAUCACGCAAACAGUGUAUUAAAAAGUGCAUUAGGAGCAGAAAUGGUCACCUGACGAAGAGGAUCCGAAUAAGGAGGAAAAACAUAGGCAACAUCGUUCAUCGCUCAGUGUGAACACCUCGCCCUGCAUUACAUCCUGCACUGCUGUGGAGUCACCUGUAUUUAUGUCCAUAUUUUAUUCUUAGCUUAACUCAUACUGUUGUUUUGUAGUGCAACAACUAAUAUGUAGAAAACAACUAAUUGUGUGCCUGAAUUAACUUUGUAGAGACAGGAUCAUUAUCCACAUAGUCUCAAAUAUCUCAUUGACAAAAAACAUUCUGUAUUUGUUUUGCUGAUCCAAUAUAGUGGCUCUCUACAUUCAUGAUUUGCAUGUGUGUUCUUUUGUAUACAAAUAUCGUUUAAUUUUUACAGCUUCAGAUCUCUGUUAUGAGCACGAUAUAAACUUUUUACUGUAACUUUAAAAAAAAGUUACAAUAUGAUUUUUGUUGAGCAGCAAAAUGACUGCCUCUACUGCAUAUUGACUGUGUAUGUACAGUAACUGAUGCUUUUCUGCAGUGAUUUUGGUAAAGCUUCACUGUUGUUUAUCAAGGUGAAAACAGCAUUAGCAGAUUAAAGUGGUGGACAACCCUUGUUCCAAGAUCAAUGACAACAAGAAUGCUCUGAAGCGAACACAUUAAUCUCGAGGACCAUAUCAUUGCAGCUGUAAAUCAAUAUGAACAAGGUAAUGACUGCUUUAUACUUGUCAAAUCAAGCAUGACAUUUUUUUUUCUUCUUUAAUCAAUAUUAUGCAGUUUUAUAAAUCACUCUUGCAUUAUUGCUGGUGUUGUUAAGGAAAAACAGAAGGGGGCAGUGUUGUGUAAGGUACAUUUUUAGCACUGGCCCUCAACAGUAUUUUCUGUACAGUCUUGUUUUGCAGCUGUAAAGAACUGGACUGGAUAAUAAAUUUCCACUGUUGCCUGCC